AUGGCUUUGGCUUUUCCCUCAAGAAACACCAGACAAGCAGAACCAGACAACUACGAUGACGACCUGGAAAAGAUGGACGUCGAAUAUUACGAUGAGCUGACCACGGAUGAACCUGAGAUUGAGAUUAGCACUCUGUCCCCAGAGGACUACGGCCCCGCACAUACAGCCUCACUAGAGGAAGAGGAAGAGGAAGAGGAACCAGAAGAGGAAGUGGAAAAUGAAAGGGGGGAUAAAAAGGAAAUACCUAUAAUGCCUUCACUCAUCCCAUCAGGCUCUGGAGGGGUUUCAAUGGGACCGGACACUCCAGGAGAGGAAGAGCCGCGUCUGAUGCCCAGUGAAAUCCGUCAUAUCUCUGGAGACAUUUUGGGUUCUGGGCACAUGCUGAGUUCUGGGAGUUCUGAGGCUUCGGCAGAUUCAGGGAUUUCUGGAAAAAUUCCUGAUGCUGGAGAAUACCAUUCUGGGGAGCCUAUGGCUUCUAGAGGUUCUGGAGGUUCUGGGGGCUUUAUUUCUGGAUGGUCUGCAGAUGUAAGCUCUGGAGAUAUUAGUUCUGAAGGCUCUGUAGGCUCUGGUUCAGGAGUCCUUGGAGAACUUGUUUCAGGAAUAUCUAGUGGCUUUGUUUCUGAAAAUGAUGUUUCUGUGGACUCUGGAGACUUUGUUUCCGGAGUGUCUGAAGACAUAGUUUCCGGAACAUCUGGAGGCUUUGUUUCCGGAGUGUCUGAAGACAUAGUUUCCAGAACAUCUGGAGGCUUUGUUUCCGGAGUUUCUGAAGACAUAGUUUCCGGAACAUCUGGAGGCUUUGUUUCCGGAGUGUCUGAAGACAUAUUUUCCGGAACAUCUGGAGGCUUUGUUUCCGGAGUGUCUGAAGACAUAGUUUCCGGAACAUCUGGAGGCUUUGUUUCCGGGGUGUCUGAAGACAUAGUUUCCGGAACAUCUGGAGACUUUGUUUCCGGAGUGUCUGGAGACAUAGUUUCCGGAACAUCUGGAGUCUUUGUUUCCGGAGAGUCUAGAGACAUAGUUUCCGGAACAUCUGGAGGCUUUGUUUCCGGAGAGUCUGGAGACAUAGUUUCCGGAACAUCUGGAGGCUUUGUUUCCGGAGAGUCUGGAGACAUUGUUUCUGGAGUCUCUGAUGUUCUUGUCUCUGGAGACAAUAAAGAAUUUGUUUCAGGAGUCUCUGGGCACUCUGGAGACUCUCGGGAAGUUAUUUCCGGAUAUUCUGGGGAACAUUCUGGAGUUUCUGGGGACUCAGGCUCUGGACCCCCUGUGGUAACAUUGGUUCCUGGUGGAGAGGAGGAGAUCUACAUUACAGUUACCAGUCAACCUGAAGAGUUCUCUGGAUUCCCUGAGGAAUCGGGGCAACCUGUGGAGCCUGUGACUUUAGGGCCUCCUGAGGAAUCUGGGUUUGAUGAAUGGGUAACAAUCACCCCUACUCUAAAGGAAGAGGAGGAGCUGUUUUCCACCACCCAGACCCCACCCCAGGAGGUGACUGGGAGUACAACAGGUUCAGGGCUACCUGAGAGCCCUGAUCCUGAUGUUGAGAUCAUUGAAAUUGAUGGAAAAGGUAUGUCCACCUGUCUACUGUGUACCUGCCUGGGAGGAUCUGUGUACUGUGAUGAUGUGAAGCUGGUGAACGUGCCUCCUCUUCCCAAAGAUACCACUCACUUCUACGCCCGCUACAACAGGAUCACUAAGAUCAACAAAUCAGACUUCGCUAACCUGAACAAACUUAAGAGGAUCGAUCUUACAAAUAAUGCCAUCUGGAAGAUCGAAGACGGUGCUCUCUUCGACCUGCCCGCUUUAGAGGAGCUGGUAAUACGAGAAAACAGAUUGGCUCAACUUCCAGCGCUGCCAGCCACCAUGACCCUUGUAGAUGCCAGUCACAACCAUCUGGGCAGAACCAGCAUCCAGAACGAAGCCUUCAAGGACAUGACAGGUCUACUUUACCUCUACCUGACAGACAACAGCAUUGACUACAUCCCCGUCCCUUUGCCUGAGACUCUGCGCUCUCUGCACCUACAGAACAACAACAUCCAGAUGAUACAUGAAGACACCUUCUGCAAACAGAAGGACAUGAACUACAACCGGAAGCCGCUGGAGGACAUUCGCCUGGACGGCAACCCGGUCAUCCUCAGCAGAACUCCACAGGCUUAUGUGUGUUUGCCUCGUAUUCCUAUUGGAGCCCUUGUUUAA